UGUAACUGGAUGACCAGUUUGCUCCACAAAGGACAAUGUCUCGAUCCCGACAACCCCCGCUUGUGACAGGCAUUUCUCCAAAUGAAGGAAUACCAUGGACAAAGGUCACAAUUAGAGGAGAAAACCUGGGGACUGGCCAUGCCGACCUCAUCGGCUUGACUAUUUGUGGACAUAAUUGCCUCCUGACAGCAGAAUGGAUGUCUGCGAGUAAAAUAGUAUGUCGAGUGGGACAAGCCAAAAAUGACAAAGGGGACAUUAUUGUCACAACCAAGUCAGGUGGCAAAGGAACUUCAACAGUCUCUUUCAAGUUACUCAAACCUGAAAAAAUAGGCAUUUUGGAUCAGUCUGCUGUUUGGGUUGAUGAAGUGAAUUAUUAUGACAUGCGUACUGACAGGAAUAAAGGAAUUCCUCCCCUUUCUCUACGUCCUGCUAAUCCUCUCGGCAUUGAGAUUGAAAAAAGUAAAUUUCCCCAGAAGGACUUAGAAAUGCUGUUCCAUGGAAUGAGUGCUGAUUUUACAAGUGAGAAUUUUUCAGCUGCCUGGUAUCUCAUAGAGAACCAUUCAACUACCAGUUUUGAGCAGCUCAAAAUGGCAGUCACCAACCUCAGGAGACAGGCUAACAAGAAAAGUGAGGGCAGCCUGGCCUGUGUGAAAGGGGGUCUCAGCACGUUCUUUGAAGCACAAGAUGCCCUCUCAGCUAUCCAUCAAAAAUUAGAAGCAUAUGAAACGGAAAAAGUAGAAGGAUCCAUGACACAGAAACUGGAGAAUGUUCUGAACAGAGCAAGCAAUACCGCAGACACGUUAUUUCAAGAAGUAUUAGGUCGAAAGGACAAGGCAGAUUCCACUAGAAAUGCACUCAAUGUGCUUCAGCGAUUUAAGUUUCUUUUCAACCUUCCUCUAAAUAUUGAAAGGAAUAUUCAGAAGGGUGAUUGUGAUGUGGUUAUUAAUGACUAUGAAAAAGCCAAGUCACUCCUUGGGAAAACGGAGGUGCAAGUGUUCAAGAAAUAUUAUGCUGAAGUAGAAACAAGAAUUGAAGCUUUAAGAGAAUUACUUUUGGAUAAAUUGCUUGAGACACCAUCGACCUUACAUGACCAAAAACGUUACAUAAGGCCUGCCCCGCCCCCGGCUUUGGCGCUGAGAUUCUUCUGUGUGGUGUGCUUGAAAGGAAUCCCAUCCUGCCUGUGUCCCGGAGGCUCCCGUCUCUGCGUGUUUGGUCAACAAGCAACAGUGGGUGGUCAGGCUGCAGUGCAGGACAAGGGCCUGCUGUGCUUGGGGAAUGUGUUCAAAGGUAACCCAGGCCUGCACAGUCCCAUGCUAGACCUUGACAAUGAUGCACGUCUCUCAGUGUUGGGCCAUCUUGGUCAGACAGCGUCACUGAAGAGGGGCAGCAGCUUUCAGUCUGGCCGAGAUGACACAUGGAGAUACAAAACUCCUCAUAGGGUGGCAUUUGUUGAAAAAUUGACCAAGCUUGUUUUAAGUCAGCUGCCUAACUUCUGGAAACUCUGGAUUUCAUAUGUUAAUGGAAGCCUUUUCAGUGAGACUGCCGAGAAGUCAGGCCAUAUUGAAAGAUCGAAGAAUGUAAGGCAAAGACACAAUGAUUUUAAGAAAAUGAUUCAGGAGGUAAUGCACUCCCUGGUGAAGCUGAUCCGCGGGGCCCUGCUCCCGCUCAGCGUCCGGGAGGGAGAGGCGAGGCAGCACGGAGGCUGGGAAGUGAAGACGGAGCUCUCGGGACACUGGCUCACUCACGUCGUCCAGACCGUGAGGCUUCCCUAUGAGUCACUGACUGCCCUUGAGAUUCCUAAUGACAUGUUACAGACCAUCCAGGAUCUCGUUUUGGAUCUCCGAGUACGUUGUGUAAUGGUCACAUUGCAACACACGGCAGAAGAAAUAAAGAGAUUAGCUGAGAAAGAAGACUGGAUUGUUGAUAACGAAGGACUGACUUCUCUAGUAAGUUUAAAUUCUUUUCAAUUAGUCAUUAGUGUAUAUUAUAUUCAAAGUAAAUAAUUUAUUGUAUUACU